AUGGAGCUGGAGCUGGAGCUGGGGCUUGCACCGCCGAACCACGCGGGCGCGUGCGGCAAGAGGGGGACGAAGGAGGCGUUCGGGAUCAUCGAGGCAACGCUGCCACUCUUCCUUCGCGACGAUGACGACGGGGGUGACCACGGCAGCGGCGACGCUCGCCACUGGGAAAUGGGCAACAAGGUCGCGUGUAAUUCGUGCAGGAGGAAGAGGCUGGUGGGGUGGCCGCCGGUGAAGAUCGGGCACCGCCCGCGCAGCAACGGCGGCCACGUGAAGGUGAAGAUGGAAGGGGUGCCCAUCGGGAGGAAGGUGGACCUGUCCCGCCACGCCUCCUACCACCAGCUCCACCACACGCUCCGCCUCAUGUUCCCCUCCUCCACCAAUCACUAUGGUGAUCCAGAUGUACGGGAGGAGCCGGACCGGCAUGGCUGCCGCCGUGGUCGCGCCCCAUACGCGGUCACCUGCGAGGACGGGGAUGGAGACUGGAUGUUAGUUGGAGACGCGCCGUGGGAGGACUUUGCCAGGUCGGCCAGACGGCUCAAGAUACUACUCGUGUAA